AAAAGGAGGGUGUCACUGUCAGACCUGCUCUUCUCUAGCCAGUGGGGACAGGAAGUGGACCGUUCCCCCUGCUUGACACCAGCUCUUUUUGGGACAACGUUAAACCUCUUCUGUCCAGGCUCUGAGAAGAGGUGUUGAGAAUCAUGAAGUGGGGCUGGGCUUUUCUGGUGGUCUUCCUCUCUUUAGUGAACUUUUCUUGUGGGGAAAAGGGCUUAGAAGUCCCAGAGUAUGAUGGCAAAGACCGCGUCCAUUCCCUCAACUCCAAGAACUACAAGUCCAUCAUGAAGAAAUAUGAUGUGAUGGUGAUCUACUACCACAAAAAUGUGGAUGGGAACCGCAGUGCCAUGAAGCAGCUUCAGAUAGAAGAGCUGGCUUUGGAGUUACUCAUACGUGAAGUAGCAGUUAUCUUUCAGCUUGCAGCUCAGGUUCUGGACGAUUUUGAUGAUGAAGACAUUGGAUUUGGCUUGUUGGAUGAAAAGAAGGACGCCGCUUUGGCCAAAAAGCUGGGUCUGGAUGAAGUGGAGAGCAUCUACAUCUUUGCCAAUGAUGAGAUCAUUGAGUAUGAUGGAGAGCUGGCUGCAGACACCCUGGUUGAGUUCCUCUACGAUGUGAUUGAGGAUCCCGUGGAAAUCAUCGACAACGAGCGCGAGCUGAAAGGUUUUUACAACAUGGAUGACGUCAUCAAGCUUGUUGGAUACUUCAAGAGCGAGAAAUCUCCUCAUUAUGCUGUUUAUGUUGACGCUGCAGAGGAGUUCCACCCAUUUGUCAAAUUCUUCACCACAUUUGACCCCAAGAUUAGCAAAAAGCUUAAGAUGAAGUUGAAUGAAGUUGAUUUUUACGAGCCGUUUAUGGAGGAACCUGUCACCAUACCAGGAAAUCCUUACACCGAGGAUGAGAUUGUUGAAUAUAUUGAACAGCAUGACCGGCCAACCCUGAGGAAGCUGGAACCUCACAGCAUGUAUGAGAUCUGGGAGGAUGACAUUGAUGGAGAACACAUUGUUGUGUUUGCUGAGGAAGACGACCCCGAUGGUUUUGAGUUCCUGGAAAUCCUGAAGGAGGUGGCGCGUGAGAACACAGAUAAUCCGAACCUCAGCAUCAUCUGGAUCAACCCCGACAGUUUUCCGCUGCUGGUUCCUUACUGGGAGAAGACCUUUGGAAUCGACCUCUCAUCUCCUCAGAUUGGUGUUGUUGAUGUAGAAGAUGCUGACAGCGUGUGGAUGGAAAUGGACGACCAGGAUGAAAUGCCCACAGCUGACGAGCUGGAGCAGUGGAUCGAAGAUGUGCUGUCUGGAAAGAUCGAUCCUGAUGAUGAUGACGAUGACGACGACGAUGAUGAUGACGAUGAUGAUGGUGAUGAUGAUGAUGACGACGAUGAUGAAGAUGAUGAUGAUGUUGACGAUGACGAUGAUGAUGAUGAAGAUUAAACUUUGACAGCAGUC